AAAUGGAUUUGUAUUAUAUGUUGUACAUAUGUAUAUGAUAUCGUUUCUUUAAGCAUCUGGAAUACACGUGAUUAUAAUAGUCGAUUUUAAUAUAUAAUAAUUGUUUUAACUAAAAUAAAGUACUAUUAUGCAUAUGAAAAUAAUCUAAGUUAAUUUUAUCAUUUAUUGUAUUGUCACAAAAGAAUCAGAGACGAGUUCUGCAAAUUAUUCACACUCUGUCGGCUCAUUCAGGAAAUAAAACUCAUGCCAUAACUGCCACUUCACACACUUGUAACAUAAACAUCUAUUUUAUCCUUAGAUCACAGAUGAUUUGUUAAAUAUCUUUUAACAAUAAGCCUUCAAAAGAAAGAAGAUAUUACAACAAUUAUAAGAAAGAAGACAAAUUUUUGAUAAAAUAUUUUACAGUAUUUUAUACAAAAAUGGAUAUUAUAAAAUUAAUCUCUAAUAAUGGCAUAGAUUCCAAAUAUGGAUUUGCAAUUUGUGUCAUAACUGGUUAUUUUGUCUAUAAAUAUAUAAUUUAUCGAGUACCGUGGAUUAAAAAACCUGAGCCGAAAAACAAUUCGACGACUGUUCCAUAUGCAAGGUUUAACAUUAAUGAAGAAUGUAAAUUAGUAUUAGUUGUAAGGAAUGACUUAAAAAUGGGCAAAGGAAAGGUUGCUGCUCAAUGUGCGCAUGCAGCUGUAGCAGCGUAUAAGAGUUGUUUAAAGUAUCCUCUCGUUCUAAAAGCUUGGGAAAAAUGCGGUCAAAUGAAAAUUACUGUUAAGGUGAAUAGUGAGGAUGAACUAAAAGCAGUAUCAAAAGCAUCCAGAGAAAUUGGUCUAUUGACAAAUGUAAUACAAGAUGCGGGACACACGCAAAUAGCUCCAGGAAGUAAAACUGUAUGCGCGGUGGGCCCUGGGCCAGUGACAUUGAUUAACUUAGUAACUGGGCAUUUAAAACUUUAUUAGAAUACUUAUAAGGAAAAAAAAAAUAAAAUAAAAUAAAA